GUGGAGCUGAAGGUUCAGACCUGCUGUAGCAGCUCUGGCUCUGUGAUCAGGGAGUUGUUAAGAAGGAUGCCACCAGUGGAAAACCACCGCUUGGAAGGAAGAAGAAAUGGAGCUGAAUGUAUUUGACGUUUUCUUAAUAGCACUGAAUGUACAUUUGCUUUAUUCUCCAGAAUUUAUAUUUGGGCAGAUUUUAGUGAGUUGAAUACUUUUGGAAACCCUCUUCAUUUGGGUGUAGUCGUUUUAGUUUCAUCUAGUGUCACUUUUAUUUUAUUUAUUUUUUCAACAUUUGCAAACGAAAUGAAAUUUGCGAACGGCAAAUGAGAUGAGACUGAGAACACCCCUCUCUGCAGAAAACUUCCUCUGAACUUCUCUUUAUGGCGUUUUAAAAUGACUGACUCUAACUUGCGGAACCAAAGCAACCAUGGGAUGUAUUUUGCUGAAACUUUUAACGGAUCCGUUCUGGACCAGAUAUUUCCAAACGACAGCGUCAACGCAUGCAAGAACUUCACUGUGGACUCGCAGGUUGUCGGGGUCGGGGUCUUUCUCUCCGUUUUUAUUCUGGUGGCCAUCGUCGGGAAUAUUCUCGUCAUCCUGUCCGUGGUGUGCAAUAAACAUUUGCAGACCGUCACCAACUUCUUUAUUGUCAACUUGGCCAUCGCGGACCUCCUGCUGAGCAUCAUUGUGCUGCCCUUCUCCGCGUCUUUGGAGGUGCUAGGGUGCUGGGUGUUCGGUCGGGUUUUCUGCAACAUCUGGGCAGCGGUGGAUGUGCUCUGCUGCACCGCGUCCAUCCUCAGCCUCUGCAUCAUCUCCAUCGACCGCUACAUCGGGGUGAAAUACUGCCUUAAAUACCCGAGCAUUAUGACAGAUAGGAAGGCAGUGGCUAUAUUAGUCCUGGUGUGGGUGUCAUCCACUGUCAUCUCUGUCGGACCGCUCCUGGGAUGGAAGGAACCGCCGCCGGUGGACGACAGCAUCUGCCGUAUCACAGAGGAGCCGGGCUACGCGCUCUUCUCCUCGCUUUUCUCUUUCUACCUCCCGCUCAUGGUCAUUCUCAUCAUGUAUUUUAGGGUGUAUGUGGUGGCCCGCAGGACUACUAAGAGCCUGGAGGCGGGCGUCAAACGGGAGAGAGACAAGUCUAUGGAAGUGGUGCUCCGGAUACACUGUCGCAGCGUCCUGGAAGACGCGCGUCCCGCCAGCUCAAAGAGCAGCAAGAACCACCCGUUCCGAAGUUCUCUGUCAGUGCGGCUGAUGAAGUUCUCCAGGGAGAAAAAGGCUGCCAAGACCCUGGCGAUCGUUGUGGGGAUGUUUAUCCUCUGCUGGCUGCCCUUUUUCUUCUUCCUGCCACUGGGUUCCCUCUUCCCGGCACUGAAGCCUUCUGAUACCGUGUUCAAAGUGGUCUUUUGGCUGGGAUACUUCAACAGCUGCAUCAACCCAAUGAUCUACCCCUGCUCCAGCAAAGAGUUCCAGCGGGCCUUCACCCGGCUCCUCAGGUGCCAGUGUCGCCAGAAACGGAGGAUCCUGCGUCGCUUCUACGACCAGAGGUGGCGGACAGCUGUCAAGGGAAUGACAAGGGAUCAGCGGGGAGAGUACAAGCUAAGCUAUGCUGUACAAGAAUCCUGCGGCAGGUCCUUGUUGCACAAGCGCAAAGGCCGCACGCUGGGUUUCAAGAGAUGGAGCCUGUUUCCACCACUGCAAAAGUCUUCCUUCCAGCUCAAAGAGAAAGUGAACAAUCUGUCGAAUAAAAUCAAGGGCGGGACAGGAAAGGGUACAACACCUGCACUGGGCCGAAUUGAUACAGUGGACACAGUCUCAAUGGGGAUUUACAACUCUUGUGAGCAGAGCGGUUAUCAGUUCUAUGAUCUGGCAGAAUGCUAUGGCCUAAAAGAGACAGACAUUUAGUGGUCCACAGGAGACUUCUUUAUUUAUUUUCAAAGGACCACAUUGGGCCAACAUGCAAGAAAGACCGUGAUAUGGGAUCAUUUUGUGUUCACAACAUAUCUGAGAAUCAUAGCUUGAUUAAAGCUGAGAAUAAUGGCUUGAUCCCAGCAAAAACAGGACAAAAACUUUAUCUCAGUCCCUCGUGAACGUCAUGUUUAUUUAGACGAAACUUGUUGUGAACCACGUAAAGCAGUGGAAGUGGACACGGUAGUAGCCAACUGCUUGUAUUUGCUGCUGCCACUUGAAGGCCCUGCCCGUGCCUUGACGUUACCCAGCCUGUAAUGUCUUUUGGCACAGCAAUGUCCGACGCCAAGAUCAUUAUUACUGUUACAAUUACUGUGUUUUGUACCAGACAGUCUCCACGUCUUUAAGUAUUAGUCAGCUGAUACUGUGUGAUGACGACUAAAUGGUGACGGCUUUGCUGAAAAAAAAAAGAAAAAAAAAAAACAUAAGUGCAAUUUUAACAGUUGUCACAAUGUCUGAUUGAAUCAAAUGUAAAAUGUCGGACUGAACUAUGACUGAAUUCAUCUGUCACUUCUUCUGUUUAGACAAGGCAUUGUAAAGAUAAGAGGCCAGCAAAGAACAAAGAUGCUUUUUCUGUUGAGUCGAAUAAGUUAACCUGGCACCACCUAACUAUGAUUUGAAUUUCCAAGUGAAUGCUAAUGUGAAAUGAAUAUGCUUUUUUUGUACUUUUGAUGUCAUGUUUAUGUCAGAUGAAAAGCAAAAUAAAAAGAUGAGAAAAAAAAAUGAGAUUUUCAUUUACAUUUUCAGUUAAGUUACAUUAAAGCCACCUCUGUAUUUGAUUUGAAGAAAAAUAUUCGGUCCAUCCUGAAGAUGUCACUAUUGUUUGUCACCUGUUUUACCUCCUUUUCACAGGAGGAGCUAAGGUGAUUUGUUUAGAGACGAAAUACAAGCGAAAUUGACGGAAAUAAUUUAUCAUUUGCAUGUUGAACAGCGUAGGAACAAAUACAAAAAAAGAUUUUAGGAAUUAAAAGACAGAGAGACACCCACAUCAGGCGUGAGCUGCAGGCAACACCAAGCAAGAGGG